AUGUCAAGCAAGCCAAGAGGUGCCGCCAUCCGUGCGUCAACCCGUACCAAACCCACAGCAGUCAAUGCCGCACCUGCGACCACCCGAACCACCCGCGCCGCUUCAAAGACAGAACAUGCUGCACAGUCUGCACCAAAAGCCAAGAAGAUGACUGCUGCGUCUCGGAAACCUCUUCUGAAUAGAGCUAACUCAGUCGAUGCCCGAUCUGCAGAAGGCGGCGCACAUACACAUCAACUACCGGAGAAGUUUGUUAUCCCAAAGUCCGCCACUCCUAUACCUCUUCCAAUGGACACGGAGCGGGAGCCCAUUCAGGCCUUCCUUCGUAUCCGUCCUCAACUCGGCGAAGGUGGACCGUCUUUGGAACCCUACCUCGAGCCAAUUUCCGAUACCGUAGUUCGCAUGGGCGACCCAUAUUCGUCCCCUCGUUCGCGGAUGUCCUCCGUCAACCCUGCCUCGAUGUAUACCUUCUCCCACAUCUUUCCUCCCGAUACCACGCAAUCGGACUUCUUCAACAAUACAACUUUGCCCUUAGUGCGGGAUGUGCUCGAGGGCCAGAACGGACUGUUGUUCACGUACGGGGUCACCAACUCUGGAAAAACAUAUACGAUCCAGGGAGGAUCGAGUGAGGGAAACGCGGGAAUCCUGCCAAGGACACUUGAUGUCAUAUUCAACAGCAUCGAGGGUCUACACGGCGACGAUCGAUUCCGCCCGGUUCGCCUGCAAGGCAUUGAACUCGCGAGCGAGUUUUCUUCCAUCGAGCCCACCGCAUUCCACAUCCCCUCCUCCUCUCCCGCCCUCGCCGACAUCCUCGAAGACUCCUCCUCUGCAGACGCCGAUACCGACCCGACAGUGCUCAAGCUCGACCGGAACCAUGAAUACACCAUCUGGCUCUCCUAUGCAGAGGUUUACAACGAGAAAGUCUACGACCUCUUUGCGUCCGUCGAUGCCCCGGGCAGCACGCCCGCGCUGGGGCCCUCAGGUAUCCCGCGCCCGACCUCCAGUUUCCUCGCCCUACCGGUGCCCUCGUCCCAGGCGAAUCCGCUCCUCCUCACGCGCAAGGCGCUGCCACUCAAGUCGUGCCCUCCGUCCGACUAUGGCGCACCCGCGGGCGACGGCGGCACGGGCAAGUAUGUUGCGGGCCUACGCCAGAUCCGCGUGCAGAGCGCGACACAGGCGAAGGCGCUCCUACGCCUCGGCCAGCUGCACCGCCGUGUCUUCGGCACGCUUGCGAACAGCCAGAGUAGCAGAAGCCACGCGCUCGUCACGAUCAAGGUCCUGCGCGUGCAUCGCGGCGAACGUAAUGACCCCACGUCUAUACAAACCUCACGCCUCACCCUUGUCGACCUCGCAGGGUCCGAGCGCACGAAGCACACACACACCUCGGGGGACCGCCUACGUGAGGCAGGCAGCAUAAACAAGUCGCUCAUGGUUCUCGGGCAAUGUCUGGAGACGCUCCGUGCGAACCAGCGCACGGUCGCGCGCAGCCUUGCCGCCGCCGGUACACGCGUCGACACGCGUGAGGUCAAGAAGGGGCUCGCGAUCGUGCCCUUCCGCCACAGCAAACUCACAGAAGUGCUCAUGGAUUACUUCGUGGGCGAUGGCAAAGCGGUGAUGAUCGUGAAUGUGAACCCGUACGACACAGGUUUCGACGAGAACUCGCACGUCAUGCGAUUCGCCGCGCUGGCGCGGGAGGUAUGCACAGCCCCGGCGACCACCAUACCGCGGGUGGUCCCCACCGGUAGCAGGGACAGGCCUGAACUUUUGCGUGCACGGAACACUGACGUAGGACCGCACAGGCGUAAGGUGACGAUCUCGACAGGCGGACCGGGGAGGAAGGUCAGCGAGGCAAUCCUCGAGGUGCUGGAAGAGGAUGAAGAGCCUGGAGAAAGCGAUGAUCGCGAUGAUGGGCCGAUCGACCCGCUUGUCGAUGCGCUGUUUGACGAGAUUGAGAGCCUGCGUGCGCAGCUGUAUGAUGCGCAGGUGCAGUGUGCGCUUGCUGAAGCAAACACGCGCGAGGAGGUCAUGGAGGAGAUGGAAGAGCGCAUGCGGAGCAUGGAGAAGAUGUACAAGCGGCGGCUGAUGAACGAGGUUUUGCAAAACGAACGGAAAAUGGACGCCAAACUCGACAUGCUCCAGCAAACGACGUUCCACAACGCCCCGCCUCGACGUCAUGACUUCGAUGAAGACGACUUUGACGAGAUCGAGUCUCCAUCUGAUCCAGCAGAGGAGGAAGACGAUGAGAUCGAGACCAGUCUCCGCGAAGAUGUCCGCGAGGCAGAGUCGGAUGUCAGUAGAUCCCCUUCACCACUCGUACGAGUGGCCAAGACGAAGGGAAAGAAAUCCGCCGUGCAUACCUCGGCCAACUCAGAUAUCGAAAGCGUUCGAACGAUGGAUCCGGCUAGCCAACAGAGCCAAGCUUACUUUGCAAGCCAAGAGGACUUCGACGACGCGUCGUCUUCGGAAUACAUGACCUCGGACGUCCUAGAAUCGCUACCAAAACGCCCUGUAAACAAGUCUGUCGCGAAGGUCGCGCAGGUGGCGUUGAGAAUGCCGCCCUCCCCUAUAUUCGAGGCGGACGUGAAGGCGGGCAGGGCAAAACCGAGGCUCAACAAACAACCAACUCGGAGCUCGUCGAGCGAUUUAGCGCUCGUUCAAGACAUGGACGAGCUGUCGUUGUUGGACAAGGCAGAUGACUCCACGAUUAUUAUCCCGGACAAGAAGGCUCGAAAACAGGCUGUCGCAAAUGGGGGCCCUGGCGUUGAGUAUGUCCCGAAGCCAGGUGAAGCGGAUGCGUUCAAGAAAAAGAAGAGACAGCUUGGAAAGCAUCGUACCGUUGCGGAUGACGAACUCGAAGCGAUGGUGACGGAGAAACCGCAACGGCAGUUGCGACGUAGCGUUAGACACUAA